GAGCGCAGCGUAGGGAGCCCGGAGCGCAGCGCCCCCGCCCCGCCCGCGCCCCCACCGGCAUGAGGCCGCCGUGCGCUCGCUGUCGCCGGCGCAGCGGGGGCUAAGGCGGGACGGUGCCCUCCGAGGGCGCCGGGUGCCACCGGGCUGAGCGCACCGGGCACCGGCAUCGGAGCGGGCUGUGCGCUCAGCGCCCCUGGCCAGGCGCGGGCACCGGGCUGAGCGCACCGGGCACCGACCCGCGAGCACUGUGGCCUGAGACCCCAACGCCCGGGCACCCGGGAGCCCUGCGGACUCGGCACUGGACUGUGUCCCCCUGUGCAUUGGUGCCGGGCUGGGCUUUGGCAAACACCCCGUCCGGCUGGGAUCGGCGCCGGGCACCUGCGCGCUGCUGGCCGGGCGCCACUGAGGCUCGGAUCUGCCCCUGCCCUGCUCCGGCCAUCUGCCCUUCUGCUCUCACCUUGGCAACAUGCUGCCCCGGCCGGGCCGCCUUCUGCACGGCUCCGUCACUCUCCUCUUCUGCCUCCUGGUGCUGCUGGUGACCUUCCCCCCGGGGGUACCCACCUGCCCCAUGCUGUGCACCUGCUACUUCUCCCCACCCACAGUCAGCUGCCAGGCCAACAACUUCUCCUCGGUGCCUCGGGUGCUGCCCCCCCACGCCCAGCGCCUCUUCCUGCAGAACAACCUGAUUGGGGCCCUGCGGGCGGGCACCUUCGGGCCCAGCACCGUCACCCUCUGGCUGUACUCCAACAACAUCUCCUCCAUCCAGCCCGGCACCUUCCGCCACCUGCCCGCCCUGGAGGAGCUGGACCUGGGGGACAACCGCCACCUGCGCAGCCUGGACCCCGACACCUUCCGGGGGCUGGAGCGGCUGCAGUCCCUGCACCUCUACCGCUGCCAGCUCAGCAGCCUGCCCAGCACCCUCUUCCGCAGCCUCUUCAGCCUCCAGUACCUGUACCUGCAGGAGAACAACCUGCUCUACCUCCAGGACGACCUGUUUGUGGACCUGGCCAACCUGAGCCACCUCUUCCUGCACGGGAACAAGAUCCGUGUGCUGUCGGAGCACGUGUUCCGGGGGCUGGGGGGGCUGGACCGGCUGCUGCUGCACGUCAACCGGCUGCACUCGGUGCACCGCUGGGCCUUCCGGGACCUGGCCAAGCUCACCAUCCUCUACCUGUUCAACAACAGCCUGGCGACGCUGCCGGGCGAGACGCUGGCCGAGCUGCCCUCGCUGGAGUUCCUGCGCCUCAACAACAACCCCUGGGCCUGCGACUGCCGCGCCCGCUCCUUGUGGGCCUGGUUCCAGCGGGCCCGCGUCUCCAGCUCGGAUGUGGCCUGCGCCAGCCCGCCUGAGCGCCAGGGUCGCGACCUGCGCCGCCUGAGCCAGGCUGAUUUCAGAGACUGCCCCCCGGCCAAUCACGCCCCAGCCCGGCCGGCGGGGGGCACCAAGCCCAAGUGGGGUGGGGAGGCCGAGGCGGGCCGGCCCCACAGCAACAGCUCCUCCAACCACCUGUACGGGCUGGGGGAAGCCGGGGCGCCCCCUGCCGACCCCUCCUCCUUCUACCGGGACCUGCCGGCCAGCGACAUCCGCAGCCCCAAGUAUGACUCCCCCACGGAGGUGGACUACUGGGCCGGCUAUGGUAGUGAGGAGGGCCGGCUCAAGGAGGGCUGCACCGGGCCCGGCUGCUCCCCACUGGACUCUGGGGCCUGUGGGCCAGGUAUACUGCCCGCAGCCCUCCCCCCACUCCUGCUGCUGCUGGUCCCCCCUGGGCUCUGACCCGGCCCCACCAGACUGCCCCGGACUGAGCAAGGACAGCGACUAUGGGAGGACAGGCCCUAAAUAACCCCCCCAUGGCACUGAGACUGAGGGGGGCAGCCCUGAGCCCCCCUUCUGGGACUGAGCCUGCCUCGUUUCUCCCCACACACACCUGCCCUUGUGGGCAGCUGGCUAGUGGAAAUGUGGAGUUUGGGUAACGAGUGCUUUCCCGCUGCCCAGGGGGUUCCUGCUGCUUGUGGAGGGGAGCCCACCACUGCAAACAGGACCCCCAAGGAACCCUCUACGGGCACCCCCAACUUCCCUCCCCAUUGGGCCCCUAGACCUCCAGGAACCCCACCCCCAACACCUCCAUCUUAUCCCCCCCGCAAUGGACCCUUCCAUGCUAGCCCCCAACCCCAUUGACAUUGCUCACUGCCCCCCCACACACCAUCUCUCCACCCUGGGCAGAGCCCCCCCCCCACUCCUAUGUGACAAGCUGUGCAGGGGGACCAGCUAUUGGACGCCUCCUGCCCCCAGGGGUCCACAGCAUGGCCCCUAGGAGUUAGGGCCCCCUCCUGCGGGGGGGGGGAUCAGUGCCCUUCUAAUCCCCCCCACCGUCCCCUCCAAGCCACACCACCCCCUGCUCCCACAUGCCCACAACUGUCCCCCCAGCCCAUUGCCUGCACCCCUAUAUCCCCACUCCAAGAGAGAGAAAGCAGUGUCCCCUCCCUCCUUCCCAGUGCCCCUCUCCAACCCACUGCCCCCAGCCCCUUCUUUCCCUGGCCCACAUGCCACCCCCACCUCCCCAUCUCCAUGUUCCUGGACUGGCCCUCAGGGCUGGAAGCUCAUUCCUUCUCCCCCUCCCUUCCCUGAGUCUGGUGGGAUCCACCCCCCCCCAAACCCUGCUCUGCGGCUCUGACCUUCCCCCCGCCUUUACCCACACGUCUGAUGCUGGAUGUUUUUCUGCUGCUCGCCCCGCCCCCCUUCUAACAAGCAAAAAAAAAAAGGGGGGAGGGGUUGGAAAAAUAUUUAUUAAAAUUCUAUUAUUUUAGACCCAUUUGUCAGACUUAGUCACUCGGGCGCAUGGGCAGCAGCUGCUUCGGAGUCCGGUUCCUGAGCUUGGCGGCUCCUGCCCGGGCCGCACGGGGUAUUCAGAUGGCCGGCUCCCGGCUCACUCUGGAUCCCAUCUCAGGCCAGGUGCCAAACCCAAGACUGGUGGGUCUGAGUCCUGAUGGGGGAGGUGCCCUCCUUACCAGCUCCUCAUGCCAGCUGGCAGAGAUUCCCCUCUCUCUCCCCCCCCACCCCUGCAGAGCAGGCACAGACUCAGCAGGCAGAGGAGGAGAGCGGCUCUGGCAGCUUUUGGUCGCUUGCCCCCAAAAUCUCCGCUCUCAUUUCAAACCAGCAGCUUCUGCCUCCUGAAGCUGGCGAUGAUUUGGGGGGAACCUGGUGGCCCAACCUGGUGGCCCCCCACCUCCCUGCCCCUUCUGCCUAUCCCCAUUGCAGGCUCUCGCUCUCAGCAUUGUAGAGAGAACCCCGCAGCGGCGUGACACAUGCGUGAUGCUGCCUGAGUCUGCAGCCAGCCUGAGCUGGGGGUUUCCCUUUCAGCUGAGUAGGCUGUUAACUCUGGAACCCACUGAUGGUGAUCACACUGCAACUGACAUGAACUUGUGGGGUGCUGCCCAAAGCCCCCUGCCUGGCAUCCACUUUCAGGGGCCUGGCACACUUGGACCCCAUGUUCU